UGUAAUAACAGCAAAGUGAAGUAGCGACACGACAAUAUUGUAUUUCUAUUAUCCAAGAUCACAGCUAUUUCGACAGGAAAACGUCGCUCAAGAGAUAUUCUUGACAAAGACUUCAUCGCAGAAGACUUUAUUGUGGAAGACCUCGUUCUGGACGGGACUCGCCACAUCGUUUUUGGAACGCAACGCCAGCUCGACCUACUGCGACAGGCGAAGAGAUCAUAUAUGGACGGUACCUUCAAGGUAGUAAAACAGCCGUUUUACCAGCUCCACUCAAUCCACGCCUUUGUGAAGAAGGAGGAAGACGAGAAACAGGUCCCACUGGCAUACGCUCUAAUGUCCCGCCGUAGUAAAGAAGAUUACGUUCAGGUCUUCAGGAGUCUACGUCGCCGACUCGGGGAUCCCAUUGUAGAGUGGUUCAUGUUAGAUUUUGAAGCUGCAACAUGGCAGGCUAUCAGAGAGGCGUUUCCUGGGGCUGUUAUAAAGGAGUGCGUGUUGGAAAAUCAACGCCGAGGGACUGAGUACCGCUUACCAACAGCAGGGGAACAAGUAUCAGUUCUUCAGCAAGAUUAUGUCCCUUCCCCUUCUAUACCUACCCGUGGAACAGAUUGAACCAGUGUUCAACAGGCUGACGGAGGUCGCAGAAGGAGUCGGGGGUCCCGUGCUGCGUGUUUGUGAAUACAUUGCCCGUACGUGGAUCAACGGCAGUGUCUGGCGACCUCUCAAUUGGUGCGUAUUUAGAGAGGAGGUUCGCACAAAUAAAGACUUGGACGGUAACUAUAAUAUAAUAAGCAUUAUUAAUCUAUAAGUAAAAAAUAUUUUACAAUUUCACAUAGGAUUUUAUUAGUAUAUUAAUAUUAUACUUUCAUAGUAUACAAUAUAGGAAAUUAAGCAUGUGUUUCAUAAAAAUGACGUGUGCACCAUGCGAACUAAUAUUUCCGAUGUCUAGCGGUAUAUAGUUUAUUUUCUUACGUACUAUACUCUCUGAGAACAUUAAAAAUACAAUUUCCAUUUGAAGAUGUAAAAGACAACGCUUUAAAAAAUGUGUGCGUUGUUGAUCACAGUCACUCAGCAUUUCUUGCUACCCCCCAUGGUAAUCCUCUCCCCCCAUGCUGCAUCCCCUUCCCAAAACCCUCUAAAUUUUCAAUUUGUUAUACAAAAUAUCAAAACAAAACAAGUUAGUAGAACACUAAUAUUUUUUACUUAUAUAUAUGAUAAAACAAUCUAGUAUUUUUUUUUUGGUUUUAUAAUCUGUAAAUGGACAAUAAAGAGUGUUUUCGGGAGGGGGUAACAGCUGAUGGGAGAGGAGUAGCAGAGGUCGGGGGCAGCAACUAAUGCCGAGUGCCUGUGUUGUUAAUAUUAACGUCCACUUACUGAGGUCGCCGUGGGUAGUGUUCGCCUAGCGACCGGGAGGUCAAUGGGUUCGAUCCCCACUGUGUGGGUGUUCUUUCGAUCUCCCGCAAACACAAAUAGUAACGGUUCUACACAGGGAUCGUCCACUGCGGAUUAAAAACCGCUGUAGGUAUCUUCGGUGUAUCUAUCCAGAUCCACACAUGUAUAUUUUAUACCAAAACAAUACGGUAAAUAAGUGAAUAUUGAAAUUCAAAAAUUAAAUAAAAUCUGAUUAGCAAUUUA